AUGGCCAAUCAAGAAGAUGAACGAGAAGAAGAGCUCUCUGCUAUAACCGCAAUCUUCCCCGAGCUUGUCCUUGACGAGAAGAAUCCCUUCAAAGCCACUAUCGACCUUCCGGUUGCCCCCGCCUCGCCACUGACCGUCGUCUUCCCCUUCCCCGUCGACGGCGCGCCUCCGCUGUCCAACCUACUCACGCCACCUGGUUCCGAUAAUGAAGGACGAAAAGCCUCUGCAGCAGCUCCGUGGGAGAUUCGCCACCUGUCAUACCUACCUCCCCUACGUCUACACAUAAUACUGCCCGCGGGCUACCCAGCUGAGAAAGCGCCACAAGUGCAGCUGAGCACAUCACCAGCAUGGCUACCUAAAGAUGUAACACGGAACCUGGAAGCCGAAUGCGCCGAACUGUGGGAAGAGUAUGGCCAUGGGCAAGUGGUCUUCGCGUACAUCGACUACCUUCAGCAAGCGGCAGAGCGCGGCUUCGACCUCGCGGAGCGUGCGGGAGGUAUGUUGGAGGUGGCACAGGACAUGAAGAUCGCGCUGCUGGACUUUGACAUCGAAGCCAAGCGCGAGAAGUUCGAGCAGGAGACGUUCGACUGCGGAGUCUGCCUAGAGCCGAAGAAGGGAUCGUCUUGUCAUCGCAUGGUGCGCUGCGGACACGUCUUUUGCGUGCCAUGUCUACAGGACUUCUACAACAACGCCAUCACAGAAGGUGACGUGGCGAGUAUCAAAUGCCUUGCACCCGACUGUGGAAAAGACAGGCGUGGCAACACGGCUCAAUCAACACAGCGCAAAAAGAAACGCGAGCGGACAUUGAAUCCGAGCGAGUUGCUGCAGAUCCCGCUCGAGAGAACCGCAGUGCAGCGAUACGUGGAACUCAAGCGUAAGAAGAAAUUGGAGAGCGAUAAGACAACUGUCUACUGCCCUCGCACCUGGUGCCAAGGACCUGCCCGCUCGAAAAAGUAUCCGAAAGUCACGAACCUCUCGCAAAUCGUCGAAUCUGACUCCGAUUCCGAGACUGAAACACCACCAAAGAAUGAACCAAAGGACUUGCCACCUUCGGCGGACCGUCUCCGCAUCUGCGAGGACUGCAACUACGCCUUCUGCCGUGUGUGCCUGAGCGGCUGGCACGGCGAGUUCGUACGCUGCUGGCCGCGCUCGAAUACCGAGCUCACAGAAGAAGAAAAGGCAUCCUACGAUUACAUCCGUCUGCAUACCUCGCCUUGCCCGACAUGCUCGUCACCUUGUCAGAAGACGAUGGGAUGCAACCACAUGAACUGCUUCCAGUGCCGUACUCAUUUUUGCUAUCUGUGUGGAGCGUGGCUCGACGCAGGAAACCCGUAUCAGCACUUCAACCAACCGGACAAGGGCUGCUACAUGCGCCUCUGGGAACUGGAAGGCGGGGACGAGGGGAAUGGCGAAGUACACUUCGAUGGCGCGCGCGGUUGGGAAGCCGCAAUCGCCGCGGCGAACGAGGCAGAUGCAGCUCAGGGCAACCAGGACCAAAAUCGGGACGGGCCUGCACCACCAGGGGUUCCGCCGGAAGCGCCGCGGCCGCCCCGCACAGAUGAUGAUCCGCCGCCCGUUGUCGCGCUGCAGCAGAUGCAGCUGGACGAAGCGACCGAACUGGAAAACGACUUGUGGAACGAUAUCCGCCAGCGCCAGGCUCUCGACAGACGCCUCCAGCGACCCGCACCACAACCACCACAACCUCGGCGGCGGCAGCGCGAUCCAGCUCCGGCUGCUGCCCCCGCUGCUGCAAACGCAGCAGCACCGCCAGAACCACGUGUCGGCCUGCAGCGUUUUCUGCAGAUGGUCCGGAACGAUGAGGAGGAUGGCUGGGAUAGUGAUGAGUUGGAGGACGUGGAUGGAGGGUGGGAUAUCCCGGAGCGGUGA